AUGCCCGGCCUGCCGCACGCCGCGCUGCUGGCAGCGCGCCAGGCCGCUGCGCCUGCCCCUUCGUCCUCCUUCUCGCAUCCUUCUCCCGCCGUCGUGCUGCCCGCGACGCUGCCGUCUGCCGCAGCGCGCGCCCAGCUUGCGCCCUGGCUGCUCGCUGCGGCACUCGGCGUCUUCACGCUUGGCAUCUGCAGCAGCCUCGCCGUGCGCUUCGUCGGCGAGCCGCGCUCGCGCCUCGAGCGCACCAGCAUCGUGCUGCUGCUGCUCCUCGCGCUUGCGCAGGUCGUGCUCGAGCUCGAGGCGGCCUACAUGCUCCUCUUCCGCCCAGCCACCGGCGGCGACGCGCUGCUCGGGGCCGCGCAUCUCGAGCACUGCUUCGCCCUCGUGCUCGCCGCGGCGCUGCUCGGCGGCUCGCAGAUCUGGCUGCUGCGCUUCGCCCAAGCGCGCCUCGCCGCCUCGGCGCCCGGCCGCUGGCUCUCGGCGCGCGCCUGCUUCGGAGUGCUCGGCGUGCUGGCGGCCAUCGGCAUCUGUCUCGGCCUCGGCCUGUUCAAGGACCUCAUGCUCGUGUCGCUCUGCGUCGGCGUGCUUCUGUCUCUCGGCAUCUGCGUUGCCGACUCGCAUACAUGCUCGAAGCGGGUGUCGCUGGUGGAGCAGUCUCUCAUGGCCUCUGGUGUCCUUCCAGCAGCGCUUAGCAUCUGCGCGACCUCACUUGCAUGCCUAGGGCAGUUCGGCUACGCCUCGCUCUGUAUGCAGCUCGCUUCCAAGGCGUCACUCAUGUGUGUGCUCUCGUCGGCGCGCUCUCUCGCAGGCGGUGCCCAGUGCCGCGAGUGCUGCGCGCUCGGACGACUUCGCGUGACCAGCACGGCAAGCAGCUUCGGCAACCGAGGGAGCCUAUCGCAGCUGGGCUCGCUGAACGACCCUUUUGUGAAGCCUCCGGUCUCGCUCAGCCGGCCCGGCUCGCAGAAUUUCGAGCCGCUCACUCUGCGUCUCGGCCGUCAGCGGCAGACACGCGCUGCCGCGCCGGGCGCCGCCAGUGUGACUUCGUGGGGCUCGGCUCCGUGGCGCGACGAUCGGAGGCAGCCGCCGCUGGCGCCGGCUGCUUAUGGCCAUCCCUACAUUACGGGCACAGUACAAGAUCUCUGCUCGCAGCAUGCGCUCGACACUGCACAGCCAGAGCUCGGCAUGUCAGGCCUCUCGCCGCAGUCGCACAUGCGCCGACGCAGCGCCGCAAGCGGACGGUCGACGUUUCAGUACGAGCUCGACGCAGAGUCCGACGCGUCUGUCUACGGGCGCAGCCACUCGAUCUCGUCGAUGGCCUCGUUCAGCGAUCGCGAGUGGGCACGCCGCGCCGCACUGACGGCCGGGCAGGUGUACAAGCAGGCCUCAAGCUCGUCGCACGAGACGCUCGAGGCGGAGUCUGCUACAGCACCGGCUGCGCUCGAGCCGCAGGAGGUGAUCGCCUCCUCGCCGCUACACUGCCGCACCGAGACGGGCAACUCUGCCCGCUCGUCGAGCUCGUCGUCGACUUCCGAGCCGGCCUCGCCGCGCACGCCCGACGAGGCUGUGCCGUCGGAGACUGACAUGUCCUGGUGCGCCAGCGAGGACUGUGGCUCGGGCGCUGCUGCGCGGGCCCGCGCCGAAGCGCCACGCCUGUGCGAGCCAAGCGCACGUCCGGCCUUCGCCACACGGCCGUCGGGUGCUCGCAGCGGCAGCGAAGGCAGCCGCACUGCAGCCGUGCUGGAGCCAGUCGAUGCGAGCGCCAUACUCGCCGCCUACACGCUGCGUGCACCACGGCGAGCGGCGCGCGGCGUGGCAGCACGGCCGCCGCUGCGCAUCGUCAUCCCGGGCGUGUCGAGCGCGCACGGCUCGUCGCCGCGCCGCUAG